CAGGCAUUUGGCUACUGUGCUCAGAGACUUGCUCCUGAGCCACCAGUCAGAGUCAAUCAACCAGAGACUCGGAUUCCUGACGAAUUGCUUGAUGGCCUUGAAGUACCUCCUCGUAUAUCUCUAUCCCCUGCGCGGCGAGCAGCUUCUACUCUUGUAUCCACGAUCAUCGGCUCGGUUCCUUCUAGCUCAGCUCGGUGGUUAGGCUGGCGCAGUGGCUUCAUCUGCCCCACUGGGCUAAACGGGCCCAGCGGAUUGAUAGGUCGCCAUAUGGGUCUGAGGCGCACUCUUGGUCACUUGGGCCAACAGAUGGCAGCUGUUGCAACUGCUGUUACUACACAUUCAAGGAGUACGACAUCUGGUGGUGCUCAAGAAACGGACAGGACAAUUAGGUCUGUGGAUUUGACUUUGGAUCAUGUACGAAACAGUCAUCCUACGACCUUACAAUCUUUCGGACUUUCGCCUUUGUCUAUUAGCCCUGAUCUCGCCACUAUUUCCACUGUCUCAUAUAGCGGCAGUCAACUGCCUCCAACGACUUUGUCUCCGUCAUCAUCAAUUGGUUUCACUGGGACCCCUUAUCAACCUUUGACUUGCACUGAAGAGCUUGGGGUCAGCGUAGUCCAGACAGCUACAAACACCUCAGCAAGUACUGUCACUUCUCAGAUGCCUUCUUUGCCUGCCCGACUCUUGCAAGAUGUUGUUAUGCGUGUAUUGACAAGGGAUCUUGCCUCUAGUGCUCAGCAGAACCAGAAUCAGUCCGAAUCCAACCGUAUCCCUAGGGUCAUAUCUACUCGCACUCGAUCCUCUUCGUCUUCCUCUUCCAGCUCCCAACUGUCCUCUUCCAAAUCUUCUGUUUGGCCACAUCGUACCAUUCCAUCUCUCUUUCUUCCACAUUCCCAACCAACAGACAUCGCCACCUCCAUCCAAUCCCCUUCUCGUCUGCUUUCUCUUGCCUUGUCUGCUAAUGCAAAUAACACACCUGAUGAACAAACGAUUUCACCACUUGUUUAUGCUCUUGGUAGACCAGCCAUUGAUUCUAUUACCAUGACAGUGAAAGAACCGUCCUCAGCUUUAUCCACACCACUAGUGGCAUCUGCAGUUCGGGCUCCAGCGCCGAUACUAUCAACAUCAUCAAUAUUAAAUCGUUCAUCGAUGGCUUCCAAUGUUACUGGCUCGCUUCGACUCUUUCCACCGCCAUUACUGACUAGCUCAGAUCAGAUCACUGUUGAGCCAGGCCCGCCGUCUUUUGCAGCGAGAAGUAUCAGCAGUGAUUGUAGUGGUAUGGGUGGACCGAGUGGUUUUAUAGGUGGUGAAGGGAUGAGUGCUUUGCCUCGACGUAUCUAUCGCCUUCAGUUAAUCCCCGGUCUCCCUUUUCGCUUCAAAAUGCGUUUUACUCGCCUUCAACUGACAGCUCUAUUCGACAAGUAA